AUGCUCUCCGGUAUACCAUUGAUCGCCCUCGGGACUGGACUUCUCACGCACUUCCGAGUCCCUGGAGCCUACGUCGGCUACCUGGCCAUGUGCCAGAUAUUCAACGGUGCCGCCGGGGGUGUUCUUGCUAUGACCUCCCACAUCGCCAUUUUCUCUACCGUGUCACAUCAAGAGAUCGCCGUCGUGUAUGCCAUAUACGGCUUGUUUGGCUCGAUCGGCGCAGCCAUCGGCUUCGCCAUCUCAGGCGCGAUCUGGACCAACGUACUGCCGCAAAAGCUGGAGGAGUUCCUGCCCGAGGGCAGCAAGAACCUGACCCCCACCAGGGAUGCUAUCAUCGAGGCGUACAGCGACGUCCAGAGGAAGAUGGUCAUCGCCGGCGGCUGCUUCAUCCCGCUCCUGGCAGUUUGCGUCUUCAUCUGGCGUGACAUCAAUGUUGAGAAGAUCGAGCAGGAGAGAGGACGCCAGACCAAGGGCAACGUGUGGUAA